AAGCCCGGAGACAAAGCUCGGCGAUGGGAGCAGCAUGAAAGUGGAGCCGAGGCCCCGGCAGCCCAGCUCCUCACCGGCCCCGGCCCGCCGCAGCCGCAGCCGCCCCGCCGGCCACGCUCGCCCUCCAUGCCGCGCUGACGGGGCCCGGCGCUGCCCCACGAGAGGCCCAGCCGGGCGCCAGGGGGGAGACGGCGGCCCAGGAGGAGGAGCAGCGGCAGCAGCAGGAGGAGGAGGAAGAGGAGGCCGGCCGGCAGGAGCGCGCUGAGCCCGAAGACGCGCGGCCCGACGGCUGCGGGGAGGCGGCGGCGGCGGCGGGCCUGGACGGCUGCGGCGGCGGCGGGGAGGCCCCCUGGUCCGGCCGCGGGGAUGAUGGUGCAUUGCGCGGGCUGCGAGCGGCCCAUCCUGGACCGCUUCCUGCUCAACGUCCUCGACCGGGCCUGGCACAUCAAGUGCGUGCAGUGCUGCGAGUGCAAAUGCAACCUCACCGAGAAGUGCUUCUCCCGCGAAGGGAAGCUCUACUGCAAGAACGACUUUUUCAGGAGAUUCGGUACCAAAUGCGCCGGGUGUGCGCAGGGCAUCUCGCCUUCGGACCUGGUGCGCAAAGCGCGGAGCAAAGUCUUUCACCUGAACUGUUUCACCUGCAUGGUCUGUAACAAGCAGCUUUCCACCGGCGAAGAACUCUACAUCAUCGACGAGAACAAAUUCGUCUGCAAGGACGACUACAUGAGCUCGGCCAGCUUGAAAGAAGGCAGCCUCAACUCCGUGUCCUCGUGUACCGACCGCAGCUUGUCUCCCGACAUCCAGGACCCGAUGCAGGACGACCCGAAGGAGACCGACAACUCCACCUCCUCCGAUAAAGAGACCGCCAACAACGAGAACGAGGAGCAGAACUCGGGCACCAAGCGGCGGGGGCCUCGGACCACCAUCAAGGCCAAGCAGCUGGAGACCCUCAAGGCCGCCUUCGCCGCCACCCCCAAGCCCACCCGGCACAUCCGCGAGCAGCUGGCGCAAGAGACCGGCCUCAACAUGAGAGUCAUUCAGGUUUGGUUCCAGAACCGACGGUCCAAGGAGCGGCGGAUGAAGCAGCUGAGCGCGCUGGGAGCCCGCAGGCACGCUUUCUUCAGGAGUCCUCGGCGCAUGCGCCCUCUGGGAGGCCGGCUGGAUGAAUCCGAGAUGCUGGGCUCCACUCCGUACACCUACUACGGAGAUUACCAGGGCGACUACUACGGCCCAGGGAGCAACUACGACUUCUUUCCGCACGGGCCGCCCUCGCAGGCGCAGUCUCCCGCCGACUCCAGCUACAUCCCGACCUCGGGGGCCGGCUCCACGCCGCUUGGACCCCUGGAACCCCCCCUCCCCGGGCACCACUCUUCCGAGAACCAAAGGUACACGGAUAUGAUCUCGCACCCCGACACCCCCAGCCCGGAGCCCGGCCUCCCCGGCUCGCUGCACCCCAUCCCGGGAGAGGUCUUCAGCGGCGGGCCCAGCCCCCCUUUCUCCAUGGCCGGCUACAGCGGGCCCCUCUCGCACCCCAACCAGGAGCUCAACGAGACAGCGGUGUGGUAGAGCGCCCCCUGGCGGAGGGCGCCCUCCUGACCCAGGACCUAGCCCUCGCCGGCGCCGUCCGCCCCGUCGGGGCCAGACUCCAGUACCAAAAGCGCCACCGUGAUGCCAAAUCGCACAACCUCUUCCCGCGGGGCCGCUGCAGGGCCACGCGUGGCCCACUGCCUCGCCCCGGGUGGGCUCAGUGGGGACGCUUCUUCGACCCAGCUGCCCCGCCCAGGCGUGGUCCGCCUCGCUUGUUCCACGAACCUCCGCCAGUUCCUUGGACCAAAGCUUGACUCGCCUGUUUCGCAGACUGAAGGAUAAGAGGGGGGAGGGGCUGCAUACCCACCCCCCUCCCGCUGCCCCAAUCCAGGAUUGCGUCUUGGUUUUGGUUUGAUUCUUUUCUUUUUCCGUUGGGUUGGGGGUUGUGUUCUUUUUUUCCCUCCUAAAUCAGAAAAAAAAAGAUAACCGGUUUAUUUGAUUAGAAGGUUUGAUUUGGUGCGUGUUCGACGGUGGCGGGGGAGGGAGGGGGUCUGUCUGGAGGAAGGGAGGGAGGCUUCAUCAGUGGUACGUCGCCCUCUCGUGGUAAGUGCUGGAACGACUUGCAGGACUUAUUUAACUCUGUUUGAAGGGGUUUGGGGAGGGAUCCUUUUGGUUCGAUUAUAAUUAUUAAUAUUAUUAUUAUUAAUAUUAUUUGGCGGAAAUAUAACCACAACUACCAAUUUAAAAGAGAGCCGACUUUGGAAUGCCGCUAGCAAAACGCCAAUCCAGUCCAAACCUUUCUUGGAGGCUACACCAGUUUAAGGAUGUAUUAUAGUUUUUUCUGCUCCUAGUUUCUUUAUUUUGUAUAAAGAAGAAACAAAUAAAGUAUGUUUUUGUGUUUAUUGAUUA